UCCCUACAAAAAGUAAAAUCGACCAUUAUUGUGACCUUUGACCACAAGGGAAUUGUGGGAAGUCGAUUUUUGUCGUCCAUCUUUGUAAGAAGCGAAAUGGCGUACAUCUUUCGACUUGGCUCCAGACAGGCCAAACGCCUGGCAGAACAUGCCAACUAUGCGCGGUUCUUCCACUCCAGCAGUGCCCUGGCACAAAAGGCGGCUAUGAGCCGCUUUGAGCCAGACAGAUUCAUCGAAUAUGAAACGCUGGACAAGAAAAUCAACAUCGUCAGAAAGAGACUUGAUGCCCCCAUGACCCUGGCUGAGAAGAUUGUGUAUGGACAUCUUGACGAUCCAGUCAAGCAGGACAUUGAAAGAGGUGUAUCCUACCUGAAGCUGCGGCCUGACAGAGUAGCCAUGCAAGAUGCCACUGCCCAGAUGGCUAUGCUGCAAUUCAUCUCAAGUGGGUUACCAAAGGUUGCUGUCCCUUCAACCAUCCACUGUGACCACUUGAUCGAGGCUCAGAUUGGAGGGGACAAAGAUCUCACUCGUGCCAAGGUGGCCUGGGAGGUGUGUGUGUAGGUGUGGGAGGUGCGGACGCUGUUGAUGUCAUGGCUGGGAUUCCAUGGGAACUCAAGUGUCCUAAGGUCAUUGGGGUAAAACUUACAGGUGAAAUAAGUGGAUGGACCUCACCAAAAGAUGUCAUACUGAAGUUGGCGGACAUCUUGACCGUGAAGGGCGGUACAGGAGCCAUCGUGGAGUACCACGGUCCUGGCGUGGACUCCAUCUCGUGUACCGGCAUGGGUACCAUCUGUAACAUGGGGGCGGAGAUCGGCGCCACCACCUCCAUCUUCCCGUACAACAGGCGUAUGAAGGACUACCUUGUGUCCACUGGACGGGAGGAGAUCUCUAACCUGGCUGAUGAAUUCUCGGAGCAUCUGAAACCAGACGAUGGAUGCGAGUACGACCAACUCAUUGAGAUCAAUCUCAGCGAGCUGAAGCCCCACAUCAACGGUCCGUUCACCCCUGACCUAGCCACGCCCGUGGCUGAAGUUGGAGAGAGAGCCAAGAAGAGCGGCUGGCCACUGGACAUCAGAGUUGGACUGAUUGGAAGCUGUACCAACAGUAGCUAUGAGGACAUGGGCCGGGCAGCCAGCAUAGCCAAACAAGCCUUAGACCAUGGGGUCAAGUCAAAGUCAUUGUUCACAGUGACUCCUGGUUCAGAACAGAUCCGAGCAACCAUCGAGAGAGACGGCAUUCCCUGAUGCUGCUAGACACUACAAGGCACAUGGCCUGAAGUGGGUUGUAGUCGGAGAUGAGAACUACGGCGAGGGUAGCAGCAGAGAGCACGCCGCGCUGGAACCCAGACACCUCGGAGGUCGCGCCAUAAUCGUCAAGAGCUUUGCUCGUAUUCACGAAACCAACCUCAAGAAGCAAGGCAUGCUUCCACUUACAUUUGCCAACCCCGCCGACUACGACAAGGUCCAACCAAGUGACAGAAUCUCUCUAGUGGGGCUCAACAACUUGGCGCCGGGAUCGCAAGUGGAGUGCAUUCUGAAGCACGCAGACGGAAGUCAGGAUUCGAUCAUGCUCAAUCACACCUUCAACGAGGGACAGAUCGAGUGGUUCAAAGCUGGCAGCGCGCUCAACAGGAUGAAAGAACUACAGGCCUAGGAAAAUCCAACAUAAAAUAGAACAUUUUAAAAAGUCCCGUUACAAAAAAUGCAGAUUUGUUUUAUAAUUGUUUUCCAGAGAAUCGUUUUGCUGAGAAUCUGAAUGAAAUAUCACUUCAAGUCCAUAACCUCGAAGCCAACAGUACAAAAUAGUAAACUUGUGUAAAGAUGAAUUGAAUGUGUAUGAAUAUAUACAAUUCUGACUGUGUGAUCUUUAGAUAAACAUUGUACUCUGUUUGCCAUUGCUUCUAGUGCUGUAUAGUGCUGUGAUUUGUGGCCUUAACUUUGGAUUGGCGGCUAAGUGUACAAUACUACAAUAAAGCCUUCUUCUAUGUGUACAUUCGAAAGCUGAUUAAAACACAUGCCAACAUAUACAGUUAUCGUACCUAGCCUGUUUAAUGCAGUUUGAUUAUAUCACCGAAAGAGACGUUUAUCUUUGA